UUUAAGUUGUGGGUAUUUUUGGGGCCUUUAAAUGGGAGAGAAGAAAGAGAGCGGGAACAAACACACACGUACAGCUCUCCUCUCCUUAUUGCUUUCCUCCUCUACUUGAGCGCCUCCCCCAUAACUCCCAUUUCCUCUCUCUCCUUUUUGAGAUCUGCGUUAUUCUUCGUCUCCGGCGAGUUGCUCCGAUCGUUUUGCAGUGAUGGCUCCACCCACUGAGGCUACUCAGACAGUUACUGAGAUUCCCCAAAAAGUUAUGGAAAUUCCCCAAAAGGUGGCUGAUGCUCCUAAGAAGGGUAACAACCAUUAUUCCUCGCAUCCACCUCUUAAUGAGAGGAUACUGUCUUCAAUGACCAGGAGGUCUAUUGCCGCACACCCUUGGCACGAUCUUGAAAUUGGCCCUGGAGCUCCAAAGAUCUUCAACUGUGUUGUUGAAAUUGGAAAAGGAAGCAAGGUGAAAUAUGAACUUGACAAAAAAACCGGACUUAUCAAGGUCGACCGUAUACUGUACUCAUCUGUUGUCUACCCCCACAACUAUGGCUUCAUCCCUCGUACACUUUGUGAGGACAAUGAUCCUUUGGAUUGCUUGGUUAUUAUGCAGGAGCCAGUUCUUCCUGGAUGCUUUCUUCGGGCUAAAGCUAUUGGCCUGAUGCCCAUGAUUGAUCAGGGUGAGAAAGACGACAAGAUCAUUGCUGUUUGUGCUGAUGAUCCUGAAUACCGUGACUACAAUGACAUCAAGGACUUACCACCACAUCGUUUGGCUGAGAUCCGUCGCUUUUUUGAGGACUACAAGAAAAAUGAGAACAAGGAGGUUUUAGUUGAUGACUUUCUUCCUGCAUCUGCUGCCUUUGAAAGUAUCCAGCAGUCAAUGGAUCUGUAUGCGGACUACAUUGUGGAGAGCCUCAGGCGGUAGUUUGUGCGAGCAAUGAAUCCUCAGUGUUAUCCUAUUAUAUUGUCCUUAUCUUUGUAAUGGUGAUGAUGAUGAAAAUAACUCUACAAAUUAGUCGUUUUUGCAUACAUACAUUGUUCGCAAUAUAUAUAUGCCUAUACUACGAUUUCUAGA